CAGGGGAGCCAGCCCUGCCUCUGCCCCACAGAGGGUUGCUCCUACAUCAAGGUCCUUGGGAGGCUCUCGUGUUCCUUUUCCCUUGCUGUGCGUUUUCCGGGAUAACUGUGACUCCAGGCCCACAAUGGACGCUCUACAACUGGCAAAUUCGGCUUUUGCAGUUGACCUGUUCAAACAACUGUGUGAAAAGGAGCCAGCGGGCAAUGUCCUCUUCUCUCCGAUCUGUCUCUCCACCUCUCUGUCACUUGCUCAAGUAGGCACCAAAGGUGACACAGCAAAUGAAAUUGGACAGGUCCUUCAUUUUGGAAACAUCAAAGAUGUACCCUUUGGAUUUCAAACAGUGACAUCGGAUGUGAACAAACUUAGUUCCUUUUACUCCCUGAAACUGAUCAAACGACUCUACGUAGACAAAUCUCUGAAUCCUUCUACAGAGUUCAUCAGCUCUACAAAGAGACCCUACGCGAAGGAAAUGGAAACCGUUGACUUCAAAGAUAAAUUGGAAGAGACGAAAAGUCAGAUCAACCAGUCCGUCAAGGACCUCACCGACGGCCGCUUUGAGAACAUUUUGUCUGACAGCAGUGUCAGUGACCAGACCCAAAUCCUUGUGGUUAAUGCUGCCUACUUCGUUGGAAAGUGGAUGAAGAAAUUUCCUGAAUCCGAAACCAGAGAAUGCCCUUUCAGAAUCAACAAGACAGAGACCAAACCGGUGCAGAUGAUGAAUAUGGACGCCACGUUCUGUAUGGGCAACAUUGAUGGUAUUAAUUGUAAGGUCAUAGAGCUUCCCUUUCAAAACAAACACCUCAGCCUGCUUAUUCUGCUCCCCAAGGAUAUGGAGGAUGAGUCCACGGGCCUGGAGAAGGUUGAACAACAACUCAACUCAGAGACGCUCUUGCAGUGGACUAAUCCCAGCACCAUGGCCAAUGCCAAAGUCAAACUCUCCAUUCCAAAAUUUAAGGUGGAAAAGAUUGUUGAUCCCAAAGCUAGUCUGGAAAAUCUAGGGCUGAAAAAUAUCUUUAAUGAGAAUACAUCUGAUUUCUCUGGAAUGUCAGAGACCAAGGGAGUGGCCCUCUCCAAUGUUGUUCACAGAGUGUGCUUAGAAAUAACUGAAGAUGGUGGGGAUUCCAUGGAGGUGCCGGGGUCACGAAUCCUGCAACACAAGGAUGAAUUCAAUGCUGACCACCCAUUUAUUUACAUCGUCAGGCACAACAAAACGCGAAACAUCAUUUUCUUUGGCAAGUUCUGUUCCCCUUAAGUGGCAAAAGCCCAGGUUAAGUCCCACCUGACUUUUCUGUAAACUCUGCAUCCAAAGAAACACUUUCUAAAUACAAUAAAUUGUUAAUAUUGCUGGAUCUGGAAGCUGCUGGUACUUGACCUGUGUAGCCCUCAUACCAACAGACCCUUCUUUUCCAAUUCUUUGUUUUGUUCUCCCUUCACCUCCUCCCCAUAAGACGCAAUGCUUUUAAUGAAAAGGAGUUACUGUGGAGGAAAUAUAUGUAUUCAUUAUUUGUCAAAUUAUCUCAGGUUGUUGGCAGGAAUACAGACUUUCACAAAGAAAAUCCCCGGAAGGGGGAUCUGGAGGAUUUUAGAGCUUUACCUUCCUUCACUGGGAUCAGAAUUCUGGGAACACCAGAAUGUUCCAGACAUUCUUACUUCCCCGAAAGACUAAAGAAACUGGUACACGGGAUCCACAAAACUUUCCUAGCCCUGCUGGAACUUGGGCACACGUUCAGGCUACUGUCGGUCCACAGCUCCUUAUGCUAAAUGGUGGUACCGGUGUUUUCCUCAAACUCUGACUUUUUGGGAUUUUAGAAAGCUAACCUGUUGCACAUACUAUGUGUUUCGGAACUCCACUGAUAGAGUCUGGGACAGCACCCUAUAAAUCAACACCUUAAUAUCUUUGCCACAACCCAUACAUAUUCACACAAGCUGGGUAGACAGACUCUGAGCAGCCCGUAAGUACCAGGUUUUGCCACCAAAUGAGUGUGCCAGCAGCUUAUGAAGACUGUGUUUUCAGAACUUUUGGAAAUUUUGGAGUGUUGGAGAAGGGAUUGCAGACCUGUAGCAGCUGAAGCGCAGCACCUCGGUGGGGAGG